UUCCUUUUUUCACGGCUCAGAUUGAAUAUCUUCGUUCUGAAUGAAAGCCUCGGCAGGGUCUUUUUCGCGCGAACGGAGUUGUUCUCUCUCGCGCUAACGCGGGUCCUGCACAUCCUUGUUGCUCUCGCGCGAAACGCUUGCCCAAUUCCCUCUUCUCUCUAUCUCUCGUCGCCACCGCCGCCGCCACUAUGCAGCUCCAGCAAUCUGUCCAGGCUAAGCAGUUCAAGCAUCCCCAUUCGUUGGUGCUACGAACAAGAAUUGUUAUUUCAGGCUCCUGACGUCUAGGGCCUAGCGAAGCAGGUCUUGCCCAACCAAAAACAGGUUGAUUAUGCAAACUUCAAAGUUUCAGGGAAGUCAUUGUUGGCUAUGGCAGAACAGGAAAAACCACUCUCAUGAAGCUGCAUCAACCUUGGAGAGUUUGAAGAUAGCUAUGAGUGUUGUUGCUACUUGAGGUGUUUCUUUCUCAUCUUCUGUGCCUGCACUUACAGCUAUGUGGGCCAUCACCUCAAGGACACUGAAUUCAUCUAUUUUAAUACUUCACAUACACACUCGUACACUUUUAUGCAAUGUGUUUCAGCUUAUUUAUGUGGAUGGUUGUAUCUUUUUUCUUUGUUUAGGCACUUUUAACUUUGUUCGUGAUCGGAUAUCUGAUUUGAUACAUUUUUCCUUUACUGCAUUGCAUUCACCUGUCAAUUAAUGUGAAGAAACCCCAUUGGCCAAUAUGAUGUCCCACUGCCAGGCCUCUCAUCUCUGGGUCAAGAGGAAGCUAUGUCACACGGGUGCGGAUGCGAUACGGGGAUACGGGUCACAGUAGCCAAAUUUAUGCUUAUGCAAAUAUGAUUGUGGCAAGGAAACAAUUCCAUGGCCACUGCCAAGUUGGUUCUUACAUGUCCAGGAGUUUCAAGGAUCUCUUGCUUAAGGGGAUAGAGAAAUACAUGGCAACCAUUGGUUUAGCGGCUUUUAGUCCCAGUCGUGAAUGCGUCCACAGAGGAUAUACUUGUAGAUCAUUUCAGGUGAACCAUACAAAAUCAAAUGCAGAUGAUCAGAUGGUUAAUGGCAGUGCUUCUCCAAUGAAUGCAUUGAAUGAUCAAGUUAGGAUAGCGUCAGAAUCAAGAUGUUCGGUGUUAGACAGUUCAAAGGGUUUACUGAGUACUACUGAUUCUGGUCCGGUGACCAUGAUUCAGGACAGUAUGAGGGCACAUGAAAACCACACCACACGGAAAGAAUCUCUUGAUGGGUUAGGGCUUGUGCUGAGUGAAAAGUUAGUUCUUGAUGUACUUCAAAGGCAUAAAUCUGAUUGGAAAGCUGCACUCUUUUUCUUUGGUUGGGCAUCUAACCAAGAAAGUUAUUCACAUAGCUCAAGUACUUACAAUGAGAUGCUUGAUAUUCUAGGCAGGUUUAAAUGCUUUGAUGUAAUGUGGCAAUUGGUAGAUCAAAUGUAUUCUAACAGUGUCCAAAAGCCUCUUAUAAAUGAAAGGACAUUUGCCAUACUUAUACACAGAUACUCAUCCGACCACAAUGUGGAACAAGCUAUUGAAACUUUCUACAAAAGAGAAAAAUAUGGUUUGGAACUUGACAAACUGGCCUUUCAAACACUUUUGAUGUCUUUGUGCAGGUAUAAGCAUGUUGAAGAAGCAGAAUCUUUAUUGUAUUUGAAAAAGGAGGUGUUUCCCAUUGACAUAAAAAGUAUAAACAUAAUAUUGAAUGGCUGGUGUAAGAGAGGCAAUUUGCAUGAAGCUAAGAGGGUCUGGAAUGACAUUAUUUCUUCAGGAUGCAAGCCUGAUAUAUACACUUUUGGAAUAUAUAUAAAUUGCCUUACGAAGGCAGGAAAGUUGCAUACUGCUGUGAAAUUGUUUGAGGCAAUGUGGGCCAAAGGCUGCAAGCCAGAUGUUGCAAUCUGUAACUGCAUAAUUGAUGCAUUAUGUUUCAAGAAGAAGGUGCCUGAAGCUCUUAAUAUUUUCAGUGAAAUGAAUGAGCGUGGGUGCAUGGCUGAUGUGGCCACCUACAACUCUUUGAUAAAACAUUUGUGUAAGAUCAGACGAAUGGAGAAGGCUUUUGAAUUGUUAGAUGAAAUGGAAGAAAAUGGCUGCACCCCAAAUGCCAGGACAUACAAUUAUUUCCUUAAAACAUUGAAAUCACCAGAAGAUGUUCAUAGUGUACUCAAGAGAAUGUCAAGAACUGGUACUGUUCUUUCAGCAGACACAUAUAACUUGAUCCUGAAAAUGUUCUUGCAAUGGAAUGAAACGAAGAAGGUGCAAGAUACAUGGGUGGAAAUGGAGAAAAAUGGUGUUGGACAUGAUCAAAGGUCAUAUACGGUGAUGGUCCAUGGGCUGUAUGAUAAAGGAAAACUAGCUGAGUCCUACGACUAUUUUACUGAGAUGAUAUCAAAAGGAAUGGUACCUGAGCCGAGGACCAAAUAUUUGGUAGAUGCAAUCCAAGCCAGGAGAAUGAGAAUUGAUGCUGAUUCUUCCACUUCGAUGGAUACAAAUAAUAGGCAUAAGUGGAGGGGAAGAUAGUUCAUGUUGUGCAAAAUUCUGCAAGUUUGCUGCCUGGAGAAAGGUCCUCCGGCACUUGGUCAGGAGUGACAAGCUGCUUAAGACAGCAGUAGUGGCUGCUUUCUAAUUCUUGGGUACUUCUCGGCCUAUCUUAUUUGCUUAAAGUGAAGUGAUGGUAACUUUUGUUACACUGAACAAACGUUACUAGCCAUGGUUAAGGUCUUACAAAAUAAUGAAAGUUUGCUUUAUUGGGGGAAAAGGUGGAGCGAAUGCCCGAGGAGCUGAAGCUUCCUCUCUUUUCCCUUACCUUCAGAGUCUAGUGCUGCUUAGGACCUCCACAAGGCACCGUGCACCUGGUUAACUAGAGUGUUGUGUACCUCACAGUUUUUAGUCUAAGGGAAUAGCACCUAUGAGAGACGAAAGUCAUGCAUCUGAGGCAAAGGUUGUUUUAUUGGAAGUGCACUGUGCAAGAGAAAGCUUCAUGCUUCUUCUCCUGAGAUGGAAACUUGUUUCUCAUUAUGGAAGGCUCUUAUGCAAAGAGAAGCUCACUUUCAAAUAAUGCAGUUAAUUUGUUCCUUCAUGUACUUAUAUAUUAUUUCCUUUCUAUGAUGUGCAAGAGAAAACUUCAUGCUUCUUCCCCUGGGACAGAAACUUAUUUCUCAUUAUUGGAAGGCUCUUAUGCAACGAGAAGCUUGCUUUUCAAAUAGUGCAUUUCAGUUUGCUCCUUCGCCUAUUUAUAUAUUAUUUUCUUUCUAUGGUGACUCAGACA